AUGGCAUACAACAACUCUCCAAAUCUACAAAACCCAACGGAUGGUAACCCUCCCAUUAAUCCACCCUCAGAAAUACCUACCCAGGUCGUUAGUAACUUUACGACUGAUAAAACUACCGGCAACACGCAAUAUGUAAUGAACGACCCAAACGGUCAGAUAAUAUACACUGUUGGUCCAGACGGUAAUCCGGUCCCGAACAAUCCCGUAUUAUACACGGUCGCUGGGGAUGGUAACCCGGUAGUUCCUGUGAUACCUUACGAUAACACGAUUGUUACCAGUGUGCCUCCAUCGCCACCACGGCCUAAAUUUCACAGAAAGGAAGUCUACAUUGCAAUAGCUGCAUUAAUACUUUUUCUAGGGGGCAUUAUCAUGUUGGCAGUGGCAAAACCAUCCUAUGAAAAUUGUGCCACAAAGUGUAUGAAACAAUACCUUGUCACCUAUACCCUUCGUGCUAUUCGUAACUAUGGAAGCUGUCUUCACAAAUGCAAACAUUCAUAUAAUGCAAUAAAAGGUACCGGCAUUGCCUUUCUCGUUAUUGGCGCAGUUUCGCUAUUGCCACCACCGCAAACAGAUGAUGAGGUGCUGGACGCAUUAUUAAGCGAGAUCGAAUGGUUACUCUCAGUCGUGCGUCCACAAAAACUGUUAUAUCUAGCCAUAGACGGAGUUGCUCCUCGUGCCAAGAUGAAUCAGCAGCGUUCUCGACGAUUUCUAAAAGCUCAAGAAGAGCAUACCUGGGAUACCAACUGCAUCACUCCCGGCACAGAGUUUAUGACGAAACUUACUGAACGUUUAAAAUGUUGGAUUACAAAAAAUUUGACUGAGAACAUAAGCUGGGAAAAGGCAAUUAUAUUAUCUGAUGCAAGCGUUCCUGGCGAAGGGGAACACAAAAUUAUGAAUUUUAUUAAAGCACAAAAGAUGCAAGCUAAAGAUUUUAUCUACAGUAUGGAUGGAGAUCUUAUCUUGUUGUCACUAGCACAAGAUCAAAAAAAUAUCGAUAUACUUCGUCAGAGGCAAUAUUUUGCCCCCACUCAACCUAAAGUCUUAACGGUCAUAUCGAUCGAAACAUUGCGGCAACGCCUGGCAAAAGUACCCCCAUGUUUUAGUAGCAAUGGCGCAAUAAACGAUUGGGUAUUUCUUUGGUGCCUUUCCAGAAACGAUUAUUUACCCCGCUUGCCCUCCUUCGAGAUGGAGGAAAUUUCCAUUGACAAGUUAAUAGCUAUAUGGCGGCGGGUCUGUGGGAAGGACUAUAUGACGAAUAAUGGAACUCUAAACUUGACAAAGUUUGAAUCUUUUAUGACAGAGCUGGCUAAGGAGGAGACAAGAGUACGACAAUGCAAGGAGCCCGUUGGUGCUAAAAUGGAUGAUGAUAUCAGGCCGUGGGAACCGGGAUUCAAAGAGCAUUACUAUAAAGAGAAAUUUGGUAAAGAGUGGACUUUGGAGUUUUCCAGAGAAGUUGUAAAAGCAUACGUUCAAGGACUUUGUUGGCUCUUGGAAUAUAAUUAUAAAGGCGUUUGUUCGUGGAGAUGGUUUUACCCUUUCCAUUACGCACCUUUAACAUCUGAUUUUGUCAACCUUGUCGAGAUUCCCGAAUUCAAUGUCGACAAGCCUUUCAAACCCUUUGAGCAGUUAAUGGGAGUAAUGCCGAUUGCAAGCAAAAAACUCUUACCGCAACCUCUGGUGAAUUUGAUGGUUGAUAAGGGUAGCAAGAUGGCAAACUUUUACCCCGAAUACGAAAACGUUAAAGUCGACUAUAACGGUGUUGUACUUUUGCCAUUCAUCGACGAAGAUGACCUGACAAAUGAGGUCACUAACGUAAAUGACGAGCUAAAUGAUACCGAAAAAGCUAGAAAUAGCGAAGGGAAUGAUAUCAUAUGCUUUAGCAUAAGGCAUAAUCUUUACGAUAAAUUGGUUCAAUCAGAGAAAUACCCUGUCGAAAUAGGCACAAUAAACACUGUAAUUGACAUUUCUAAAGCAACCUGUGUAUCGCUUAAAAUGUCCAAUAAAGUAGCUGAAUUAAUUUGA